AUGGAGAAAGGUUGCCCCGUUGAAAUCACUCAGGUGUCUGCCGACACAGACUAUAAGUCGUCUUACGAGUACCUCCUCGAGCUCGAGGAACACUACUCUGCUCAUGCCCAAGAAAAGCGCAGAAUGUUGACCAAGAUCGAUCUGCGUUUGCUUCCUUACCUUUCCUUUUGCUACUUGUGGUGUACUCUCGACAAGUCAAAUGCGGGUAAUGCAAAACUGUUUGGAUUUCUCACAGACACCAACAUGACUGGCGAGCAGUACAACUUGGCCCUCACGUGCCUAUUUUUUACCUAUGGCCUAUUUGAGCCAGUCUCGAACAUCGCCCUCAAGCGGGUUGGUCCUAGGCUUUGGGUGCCUUCCAUGAUGGUCAUCUGGGGAGUCGUGGCUCUGUGCACUGCCUUUGUGAAGAACUGGCACCAAUACAUUGGUAUUCGGCUGUGUCUUGGGGCCGCAGAAAGCGUGAUCUACCCCGGCUCGUACUUCAUUCUCAGCUGCUGGUACACCCGUUCCGAGCUGCAGACGAGAAUGGGAAUUUUCUAUGGCGCCAACACGCUUGCCGGUGCGUUUGGUGGAGUUCUGGCUUACGGGAUCGGUAAUCUCGACUAUGCCAGAGGCUGGCGUGCCUGGCGCUGGCUGUUCCUUAUUGAAGGAGUGGCAACGGUGUUUGUUGCUCUUAUUGGAUAUGUCAUGCUGCCGAAUUUCCCUGGAGAAGACAAGAUUAGGUUUUUCUCUGAUAAAGAGCUAGACUACCUUUAUCUGCGGAAAAAAUACGAUAACGGGCCGGCGGGAACAAACCAGAAAUUUGAAAUGAGCCAGGCCUGGAACGCUCUCAAGGACCCGCAAGUCUACUUCGUCAUGCUUAUGUUUUGGUUUGGAGGUUCUGUGCCAACAUACUCUCUUUCCUACACCCUGCCAACCAUGGUCAAAAACCUUGGCUACUCGGCUAUCAAGGCACAGGCAAUGACCACUCCGCCAUAUGUUGCGGCCACCAUCCUCACUGUGUCCAUGGCCAUCUGGGCUGACCGGUCGCAGCAACGUGCUCGUACAAUUAUGAUUUGCUACACAAUUGGGCUUGUGGGUAUUAUCAUUUUAUGGGUCACAGUCCACCAUCCUAAUCUGCCGGGCGUGUCGUAUUUUGCUAUUUUCCUCGCAGCCUCGGGCUACAAUGCGCAGGCCCCAGGAAUCGGCGCUUGGCUGUCCCUGAACAUCCCGAACCCGACUAAACGGGCCUCGGCAAUCGGCUUUAUGAUGCUUCUCGGGUCCAUUGGAGGGGGUGGAAUUGGCUCAAAUAUUUAUAUCGACUCCCAGGCACCUUACUACCCGUUAGGAUUCGGAUUUUCCGUCGGCUGCACGGUUCUUGGUGCCAUGGUGCCGUGCAUGUGCAAUUACUUCUAUCUGAGAUCGCAGAACAAAAAACGCGAUGCUCUGUCUCAAGAGGAAAUUGACAAAUUCUCCCUGGAGGAGCUGGCAGAGCUAGGAGAUAGGGCCCCAACCUAUAGGUAUGUGCUAUAA